GUCGCGUCGCGGCGCGCCUUUCGACGCUUCACGUAAGCGGACGGACGGAGAGGCGGACCGCUACCGCCGAGGAAGGAAACGCGGCACGGCUCGGCUCGCGUGAAGAAGUCGGUGUAACGGCUGCUUUUGCCCCGACCGUUAGCUAGCACCGCUCUCGCCACAACCGACGUAUACGCACGCGCCCAGAGGAUCGCGGUGAGGUGGAGCAUUACUAUGGCGACGUUGGGACCGGAGUCGGCUCGCGCUCCUCAUUCCCAGCUCGGUUCUUCCCCGUCGACCCAGUCGCACAUCGGCGGCGCUAACCCGCCUCCCAACCGGGGCUUGGAGCGGGCGCUGGAGGAGGCGGCGGCCAGCGGCGCCCUCAACCUCAGCACCCGAAAACUGAAGGAGUUUCCCCGGACGGCCGCCAACCACGACCUGACGGACACGGUGGAAGCAGACCUCUCAAAGAACAGACUGGCCGACGUCCCCUCGGAGGUCUGCCACCUGGUCGCCUUGGAGACCUUGAACCUGUAUCACAACUGCAUCAGGACCAUCCCGGACAGCAUCAUCGCCCUGCAGUCCCUCACCUCCCUGAAUCUCAGCCGUAACCAGCUGGGCGCCCUGCCGGCCUGUCUGUGUGGUUUACCUCUGCGAGUUCUCAACGCCAGCAACAACAAGCUGGUCAGCCUGCCGGAGACCAUCGGACAGCUGCAUCGCCUCAUGGAGCUGGACAUCAGCUGCAAUGAGAUCACGGCUCUUCCUCGCCACAUCGGCAGACUCAAAGCCUUACGGGAACUGAACGUUCGCCGGAACCUCCUCUGCGUCCUGCCAGAAGACUUGGCUGGCCUUCCCCUGGUGAAGUUUGACUUCUCCUGUAACAAGGUGUCCACCAUCCCGGUGUGUUACAGGACGAUGAAACAGCUGCAGUCCCUUCAGCUAGAAAACAACCCCCUUCAGAGUCCACCUGCACAGAUCUGUAUCAAGGGAAAAGUUCACAUAUUCAAGUAUCUGAGCAUCGAGGCGUGUCGCAGUGAGAAGAUGCCCGACUCCCUCUACCUGCCUGCCAUCGAGAGACUCAGCCUAUCGCGGCCCACCACCGGCAGUGUGGAGGACAUGGAGCAGCAGAAGAAGCAGGACAGCGACUCAGGAGUCGGCAGCGACAACGGAGACAAGAGACUGUCCGCUACCGAGCCGUCAGAUGAAGACAGUCUGAGUCUCAACAUCCCGAUGAGCCACAUCACGGAGGAGGAGGGAAUCAGUAAAGACGACUCCAGUGAACACAUCAGCUCCCUCACAGCAGACCCAAACUCCGACUCAGUCCGUCUGAUCGAGGAGAGCCCUACGGAAGCCCUGAAGGACCAGUUCAGCUACCGAGACUCCGCUCUCAGCACUCGCUUCGUCAACUACAUCAAGGGUCGGACCGCCGCAGACUUCGACGAGCCCCUCAGGAUAGAAGAAGACGCACAGUGGCCAUCACAACAACUGUCGAAGGUCAAAGGCGGCACAGAGUACCACAUUGACAUGAUCAACCAGCUGAAGGAGGCUGUGGAGCUGCUGCAGGAUCCCAGCAGAGGGAACGCGGAGCAGGACGACCUGUCUGGAGUUCAGCUCUAUCCGGUGGAGAUGGUCACCGUGGAGGACUCCCUCAAUGGGCAGGACAGCGAUGACGGCAUCACCACACCAAAGCAGCACACGGAGGAAGGUGGCUAUGAGUUCCAGAAGAAGAGACAGAUGAUUCUAGAGAAGGCCAGGUUUCAGGCCCAGCAUGCAUGCCGGGAGUAUGAGUGGCAUAUGUCAAUCAAGCGACACGACAGAUUUCCAGGCUGCGGGCCUCCAUCCUUCUCCAGCCCGGUGUUUGGACUGAAGCCCCGUUCAGCUCCGCCCUCGCUGCCCUGCUCGCCCCCCCCUUCCUGUCUCGCCCCCUUCCUCCUCUCACAGGCCUCGCCCUUCCAUAGAGACACACCUCGUAGCCAUGACGACGGAGGCAUGCACAGCCGCGUGUUCCUGCGGAGCCACAAGAGUCUGGAGUCUGUUGAUCCUCAGUUCACCAUGAGGAGGAAGAUGGACCAGCUGCGGGAGGAGCUGGAGCUCACGGAGCAGCUGCGAGACAGCAUCGAGAGCAGACUGAAGGUCGUCCUCCCCGAGGACCUCGGGUCAUCUCUGAUGGACGGCGUCGUCCUCUGCCACCUGGCCAAUCACAUCCGCCCGCGCUCCGUCGCCAGCAUCCACGUCCCCUCGCCCGCGGUGCCCAAACUCAGCAUGGCCAAGUGUCGGAGGAAUGUGGAGAACUUCCUGGACGCCUGCAGAAAGAUCGGCCUGUCGGAGUCUUCCCUCUGUUCGCCCUAUGACAUCAUCCAGUGCCGCCUGCAGCCAGUUUGCAACACAGUUCAGACGCUGUUUGCCUUGGAAACGACCGCUCCAAACAGGAAACGGGAAAAGGCGACGUCCCCUCCAAACCCCGCCUCCUCCAGGGUGGCAGAGACUCCGUCACUGGUUUCUGUUACCACUCAAACCCCGCCUCCCGCCUGGCAAAUCUGGGACCUUAUUGGCUCGAGCCUGCUUCACGUCCUCUGCCUAGUUCUGCUGUUCGUGGCCUAUAGUUGGAGCGAGCUAACGUAACCGUGACAACAGCCUCCUGUCAGUCACCUGCCAGCUCCCGCCCUCUUCAGGCUACUGCUCCUUUGUUUUUGGAAUUCGCUGCAUUCAUCGCACGUGGGAAACAUCAUUCAAAUAUAAUAACGUUAUCUGGAUAUGUUUAUUAGUGCUGGGAUUUUUACGUCCAGAUGUGAGCUUUAUACAGCUACCGCACCCUAAAAUGAAGAAAAGAAAUGGUCUCAUAAGGAGAUUUUCUGAAAGAUUUAGGAAACAACGGCUAUGUUUACAUGAUCGUUUAUCCAAGUAAAAAAGAUCAGUAUGCAGACGCACUGGGAAGUCCUCCACGGCAACGCGUGUAGGAGGAUUCCCUGCACAUUUAAAAUGAGUAUUUGAUAGUUGUUCCCGUGUUUCAGAGUAACUGGACAGUUUAAUAAGCACAAUGUUCCUAAAUAAUUCAGAGCAAAGCGCCGAGUCGACGGCCUCUUUCUAAAGAGAUGAGGGGCAAACGGAAGCCAUAUUAUUAAGAGUAAUUUAAAUCCCUUCUUUUGGGUCUUAAUUUAAAUAUCUAUUGUUAUUUAAAUGAUAAUUCAGUGUUAAAAACUUAAGAUGAAUGUGAAUUUUAUUUUGAUCUACUUUGUGAAUUUACAACUCUUCUGUCUCCUGAUAUGCAAUGAGACAGUUUGGAAACAUUUGAAGGGCUUUUGACACUAGAUGAGUACAUGAGGCUAGAUUUAUGUUAUUAUUAUUAUUAUUAUUAUUAAGGCGUUUAUUGUGGCGGGUUUGGUACGUGGUGGAGUAGAUUAUUACUCUUUGUAAUGUUUUUAGUUGCCCAGUGCAACUUUAUUAGAAAGCAGCAUUUCUCCUCACAGUUGAUUGGCUGUAGGAUUAAUUCACAGAAUGCAGACGUCUUCACAGGUCGUUGACCUUUGAACUUUCAUGAUACAGAAACAAUGCCUUAUGUUUAUCAUACACAGAAUAUUUAACCUACACCAGUGUAAGAUGAGUAACUCAUAAACCGUUACUUUAUGUAUUUAUAAUUCAUAUUCUGUGAAUUAAUUCCGGCAUCUGCUGCUUUUAGUUUUUUUACUUUGUGCCGAUGUGAAUGAAUGUCGCGUAUGAGGAGGAUUGUGUUCAUGCUGAUGUUUGACUCUUAAGGACUGAGGUCAUAAAUGCAGUUUAGGGCACCGUCUGUUGGACCUUCAAGGUGGAGGCGGAGAGAAGGUCUGGCACACAAUGCCUGUACCUUUUAAAAUAAGAUAUAACAUGUAAGUUAGUGGACUUUAAAGGUUCUGGUGGACAGAUGUAUUUAUUUGUUUACCUUCUGACACGUUUCUGGUCUUUAUGCUAAGCUAACUGUCUGCUGGCUGUAGAUUCCUAGUUUGCUUCAGACAAAUGAGCAUAAAAUAAAAUGACUUUUCCUUUAACUUCAAGGUUUUUCACGUCCUAAAUAUGAAACUUAAUGUCUAUGUCUGCUGUGAUAAUCUGCUGUUUUUCUCCUGUAAAUAAACAAAGAUCGUCAGUAAUUUAUUACACGAACACAUUUGCCGUGUAAAAGUCAGGGGGAACGUAGGACGAGCCGCGUUAGACUGUGGGCUAUGGCUACGUCCUGGACGCCAUGGGCCUCACGCUGCAGAACAGCUCCGGUGUCUAAAUCCUUUUGUGUCUCUUCUCUGCAUCCACAUCUGCUCCUCCGCUCCUCUUUGUCCCGCGUCCCUCUCGCAGGACAAACUGUGUCUCCCCCACCACAUCCUGGAGGAGAAGGGCCUGGUGAAGCUGUGCGCCACGGUGCAGGCGCUGGUGGAGGAGGCGCCCCCCAGACACGCCCUCCUGACGUGAGCGCCGGACACGGGCGGAGCUUCCACUGACCGACACGUAAAAUAAAACCAAAAGCAAACGCACACCUCGCCUCCCGGUGACGGAGCGAUCACGUUAGAUUCAAGGAUGCAAAAUGGUGUCGAGGGAACAAAAGAUUGAUUUGCUGAUUUGUGGGCGGAGUCAGAUUGCUGCCUCACAGGUGUCAUGUUCCAGCAUCUGAUGGCUCCAGGUGAUUCCUCCGCUUUUUGAUGGUUGGUUUUGUAGCAGAGGAGAUGUGAGAGAACACGGAUUUCCUCCAUUUCUUGAGAUGCAAACAGUCAACUGAAGGCUAUAAAUGCAACUGUAGGGUUAAAAAGAAACGGAAGGAUUCUUCUGCUGGUUGUACCAAAACAUUUUUUUUAAAAACCUGUCAAAGUAUUAGGGCCACUUUGACAGGACACCUGUUGCUUCUCAGGAUGAGGUUACAAUAUUGGAGAAAAACAAAAGUAAGAGUAUUAGAAGCUGAAGUCACAUGACAUAGAACACUUUUUAAAGUUCAUUGAGGAAAACCUUUAUUUUAUUUUUACUAAGAAAAAAGUUUGGUAUUACAAAUAACCUUGGAUUCUUCUGAAAGUAAGGCUUUUUUUCCUAAUUGGGAUAUUACUACUUAAUGAUAAUUUGAGACUAAAGCAGCAGUAUUACGUUUUAUUCUUUAUUCGCCUAAAAGUAUUCCUUUCCUCAUGAAAAGUAUUCUUUUCUGUUAUUUUUGCAACAACUACUCGUAAAAAUGUGACUUGAUAAAAACAUUUCUUUUUGUGUUUUUCUCCGCGGCCCUAAAACUCUGUUGCACAAAAAAUAGUUGCAGAGACAUUAAAUUAUUAAAAUAAUAAAUUGGGCGGCCCACCAAACCGUGAAGGAGUGACUAAAACCAAAAUGUUAUAGUUUUAACAUAGAGGAUGAAUUUUUAACCACAAUUUGUAUUUAAACAGAGAUAUUUAUAAUAUAAGGACAAACCAUUUGAGUCAUACACUUAAAAAAAAAAAACUCGGCAAAAAUAUUUUUCUCUAAUAUAUUUUAGGUAUAAUUUAGGAGGGUUUUCUACAGGUUUUGCUGACUUUCUGUGGAGGUCCAUCGAGCGUCUCUGACUCACAGGUUUUAUUCUUCCAGUUCAUUCUUUUCUCUCCUUGAAUCUUUUCCUACGUGUCAGUCCGUGAUCACUGAAGCGCCUCCAGGACUUUUUCAGUGAUUUCAACCACUGAUUUAAGCAGUAAAUGCUAUUUUAUUUUUUUUUAAUUUUUUUUUUAGAUUAAUUAAUUAAUUUCUCUAAUGCGACACUCAAAGUAAAAAGAGAAGCUGAAACCCUCGUUCACGUGUAAAUGUCCGUCAGCUUCCGGCGACACACUCGACAAAUAUCAGAGUCGAUUAUGUGUUGUUGACGAUGGCAUCAAUCACAAAAUCUGACAUUGUGGCUGUGAGGUCAGAGGUCAUGUGACUGAGUGCUUCUGUGUGCACUGGUUGGCACGAGUCAUGUGGUUGUGCUGAUCACCGGGUUUUAUUUUGAAGGGGCAGUACGUUUUUGCUGAACAAACUGGAUUCAUCGUCUUCUUCUGCAGCAGCAGCUGAUUAUUUGUUCAUUCCGAAUCGCAUCGACCAUUUUCCCAAGUUUAAACGAUAAUGGAAUUAUUUUGAUAACUUCUAAAAUACUAACGUAUCGUAAAGGUUCAUUUUCAUCUUAGUGAAGCAGAUGAUAUUAAGACAAUGAUCAUUUCGGUAACUUUGAGUUGUUCUGGAUCCACGUUCUGCCCCUUUUUAGAACCUCGUGGCUGGUCUGAGAUCAGAUUGCCACGAGGGAACCACAUUAAGUGUCUUGAUGCUCUCGGACCAGCAGGCUUGUAUGAAUGAGGUUUUUUUUUUUUCUGUACAUAAGAUGCAGUUUUCCAUCCAAAACUACAUCACAAGAUUCAGCAGUAAAAAACAAUCAAAUAAAUGUUUCCACUGGAUUGAUUUGACAGUUGCCAUAACAAACAUCUACUCUCUUGUGAUAAACUAAAUGACUUUAUUUAAAUGUACUAUAGCCUGUGUACAUAUUAUUUAUCACACGGAUUUCCUGUUCUUGAAUUCAUGCUUGAAAAAGAAUAGUGAUUAAUUGUGUAUCUAUUUCCUUGUGUACUGUAUAUUUCAGAAAACACUCACAUCUGAUUAAUCCACAAUAUCACGUAUAUGAUCACCAGAUAAGUAAAUGUUCACGUAUUUCUACACUAUGGUCAGCUUGGUGAAGUAAUGAAACAAACCCUGCUUUAUAUUCAUUAUAUCAGCUUGUUACCUGACAACAGUCUUUUAGAAGUAGAGCAACAAACGGCUUUCCAAAUAUUACUUGUGUACAUCGAUGGAUACUUUUGAUUUAAUCUGAACCACCUGCUGAAAACAGUCUAAAAUAAGUCAGCAUUAUAAUGUCAAAGGAUAUGGAUGAUUAUAGUAAAUCAUUAUUUCACUUGUUCCUAAUGAACGUUUCUUCAUAUAAUCAUAUUUCAUGAGCAGCUUUGUACUCAUCGCAUCACGUUCGUUUUGGGGGGGAAAAGCAAUAAAACCAAACCGGCUGCUUCCCAGACAGAAUUUGCACUUUAAACUUCUAUAUUUAUAUCUUUGUUUUGGCAACUGAGAAAAUCUGAAAUCACCUUUUUUAAUCUGAAACACGAGAACAGAGAAUUGAGAGAUGUGACGCUGAUGUAAAUUGUGUAAAUGUGGUGAAUCCGACCUGCUGAAGCAGUGUUUUUAAUGUCGUAUUUUGUACAUAAAUAUUGUCCAGAAACGGCCCGUGCUCACAUUUUUGUACUUUUCUGACUGGGAGGAAAUUUAUUUUUUAUGUGACUUUGAUGUAACAUACCCUUUUGUAACUCGUUGUGACCCUCUUUGUGUAAUUUGUUGUACAGCAACUCAAAUUGUAAUGCAUGAAAUGUCCCUUUAAUGUCGCCUUAACUGCUGUGAAUACUGUAUAUAAUGCACUGUAUUUGUCAUCACUAUCAGUAAAGACUACAAAUGUCUAAAUAAUGCAA